CCUCUCUCCCUCCGUCCUUCCCUUUCUCUCUCUGUGAUGAAAGAGGGAGUUUUGAAAGAGAGAGAGAGAACCAGAGGAGGAGGUUGAAGGGGAGGGGUGGGUCUCUAUAAGAGCAGCUGCCUCCAGCCUCCACGUAGCCAGAAAAACCACGCUGAGACGGAGGGAAGGAAACGUACGCUGACGAACCUCAACCUGCACCCAAGGGACCCCUGUUGGCACCCAUAAUCUCACCUCAAUACAGACAGUGGGACCAUGAAGACUGUGGUGGCUCUGCUGCUGCUCUGCCUGUGUGAUCCUGGACAGAGUGACUGCCAGAAAGACUGCCUGGCCUGCAGCAACAUCAUGCCCAAACAGCUCAGUUUCAACACCAUGGUGUGUCUCACUGAGUGCGAAGGAAACAUCUCCCCAGCCUUCUACUUGGACUUCUGUCGUAAGGUGCUCUCAUCGUCAAUCUCCUCCCUUGGUGGUGCCAUGAGGAAAAGAUCUCAGGAGGAGGCGGAGGCCCUGUUUCCUGAAGAGGAGGAGGAGCCGGUGGAGGGACGUCUGAUGCUGCCAAAUGCAUUGGAGAGGUUCGAUCACAUGACCCGGGCACUCGAGGUGGACGAAAGGGAUCUUGGUGGCAAGGGCAGCCAUCUGAACACUGCCUACAAUGCCCAGAAUGCCCUGUCUCUUGAGGAUGAGUAUGAUGAGGAGGCAGGGCAGGAAGAAGGGGCUGCUGACCUUGCAACAAGAGGACAGGGAGAAGUAGGGCUGAGUGUCUCCAAGAGGUUUGGCGGCUUCGUGAAAGGGAGGCACAACUACAGGAAGCUGAUGUCUCCCGGAAGAUCUUACCAGAAGAGAUACGGAGGCUUCAUCGGCAUUCGGAAGUCGGCCCGUAAGUGGAACAACCAAAAACGUUUCAGUGAGUUCCUGAAGCAGUAUCUGGGGAUGAGCGCUCGGGCAACUGAGUUCGACAGCGUGUCAGAAGGCCUCACCCAACAGAAUGAAGUUUAGCGGAGUGUUCCUUUAAGCCACUGACACAAAACAAUUUCCUGGUGUCAUUUCAAUGAUAUUGUUUUGCAUUUCAGUCAUAUCAAAAUUUUACUUGUGUCACCAGAGUUGACCGUUUGAGAUGAAGUAAGGAAUCAAUAGGUGAACAUAGAUUCAACAGUAAAACUAAACCCAUAAUCUGAGACUGCUAGCAGUUCUUUUGAGACACGAGAAUCCCUGGUAUCUUCUAGGCCACUGAGUUAUCAGAUCGUUUGUUCAUUGCCCUCCUGCGGGAUGUUCCAGCUAAACAAGCUGUGUUUGUUUAGCUGGCCAACACCUUAUCCUCUAGAGUUUGAAAGGAGACUCUCACUUUGGGAGAUCUUUGUAUUUCCACAGUGAAAAAAUAGCAUAUAAUUGAGUGUUUAAUGUAAUUUGCAAGGUUAACAAAUGCAUAAUUAUGCCUUUCUUAUCCCCUGUGUUAUACAGUAUAUUUGACCAAUUGAUUUCUGUGCUGGGUCAUCUAUAAAAUUUACAUGGAGGCCUUUGGAACCUCUGAUUUCCCAUCUAGAGGACCAAUCAUUUUCUUCAUUAUACUACCAUCUUGUGGCAAAAUGUGUAACUCAGUCUAUUUAAAAAGACAAAACUGGUGUUUUUCAUGUUUUGGCAUUAUGGUUAGGGCAGUUAUACAAAGUUUUCUGUAUGUGAUUUGUGGUAAAUAAAUUAAGCAACACAGCUUAACGUCAUUAAUUCAUCACUGUGCAAAAACACACCUGAGACAGGGCUACUAACGCAGGUUUAAUAUAAAGGUCUCUCAUUUAAUCUGGGGCAAUGGUGUGUGAAACACUACGCAGCACUCAAAACUCAUGCAUUACUGAUCUGUCUGACAAACUGAUGUGAUGUACAAGUGAGCAUCGUCUCUGACUGGCUGUUGUGCUUACUUAUGUAAAAACACAACAUACACAACACAUAUUUGCAGUUUCUUUUCUUCAAAGUGUAACAGUGUUAAAAUGUUUUUGUUGCCUACUAUGAGAACUUGUAAAUAGCUGAUUUAAACAUGUCAAUAAAAAUAGUUUACUAUUUC